UAUUAGUGGAAAUUGUAUUAUUCUUGUGAGUGCUGCAAGUUUUCGUGUGUUUUGCGAGUGAGGAAAGUUAAGAAAAAUGGCUUACAAUCUUCAACCACUCAUCACCAUCUUACAACAAAUCUUGAAUCCUGAAGAAACACGUUGGGUUGUUGAUCACAACAAACCACAACUCCAAUCCCUCCUCCAAAAAGCUGCUUCUAUGGAGCAGAUUCUUGAAAAAUCUUCACUCCCCCAAAACAUAGAAAGUUUGGAAAGUCAAAUUAGAGAGGCAGCACAUCAAGCAGAAGAUAUCAUCGAAUCUCAGAUGGUUGAUCAAAUGCUUUCCAGCCUUGGAGGCGUGAGAUUUACUUUUUCAACGCCUGAUCUACAACAAGUAAAGCAACAACUUGAUUCUGCAAUGGAACAAGUGCUUAAGCUCGCGGAGGGGAAGACGAUGCCGAGUGGCAUUUCAUCCAGCGGCGCUUCUCAGUUGCCAAAUCUGAGUUCGAAGAGAGUCGUGGUGGGAGUUGAUGAAGCUUUGUUCCAGUUGAUGGAUCGGCUGACCGGGAUGCAGAGCAAGCUGGAGAUCGUGCCCAUCGUGGGUAUGGGUGGUAUAGGUAAAACCACUCUUGCUCGUAAACUUUAUAAACAUCCUUCCAUUGUUGAUCACUUUAGCUAUCUUGCUUGGACCACAAUUUCACAACUCUACAAUAUGCGAGCAAUUCUAUUCGGCCUUCUAUGUUGCAUAAUUGGAAAAGAAUGUGAGCAACAUAAUGAAAAGGGAGAUGGUGAGUUAAAAGAUAUUUUGUAUAAGAGCUUGUAUGGUAGAAGAUACAUGAUUGUAUUAGAUGAUAUUUGGAGCACCACAUUUUGGGAUGAGAUAAGAAUGUACUUUCCAGACAACAAUAACAGGAGUCGGAUUGUGAUCACCACUAGGGAAUCAGCUGUUGCGAAAUAUGCAGACUCGAAGAGUCUGCAGCAUCAGGUGCAGCUCCUAAACAAGUCUGACAGUUGGGAUCUACUUCGCCAAAUUGUGUUUGGAGAAGAGGAUUGCCCUCAUGAAUUACAGAGGAUAGGAGAGAAGAUUUCAAGUGAUUGCGGUGGGCUUCCUCUUGCCAUCAGCGUGAUUGGAGGGUUGUUGUCAAAAGUGGAAAGAUCAAAGGAUGUUUGGAAGAAUAUUGGGAACAAUGUAAGAGCUGCAAUUGGUGAAUUAGACAAGCAGUUCUCCAAUAUACUAUCCUUAAGUUAUAACCAUUUGCCGGUUCACUUGAAACCAUGUUUCCUCUAUCUGGGAGCAUUCCCCGAAGAUUACGAGAUUAAGGCCUCGAGACUCGUACGUAUGUGGGUAGCUGAAGGAUUUUUGAAAACAAAUGGAGAAAAAAGUUUGGAGGAAGAGGCAGAGGAUUAUCUAAAGUCACUCGUAGAAAGGAAUCUACUUUUGGUUAGACGUUAUAAGUAUGGAAGAGCAAAGAGCUACAACAUUCAUGAUCUUUUGAGAGAUUUAUGCAUCAGGAAAGGUGAUGAUGAGAAGUUUCUAUGGGUCAAGAAUGCCCCAGAGGCCACAUUCUCUAACCUGAGGCGUGUGAGUAUUCAUACACCAUAUGGAAUGGAAGAUGAUGAGUAUGCUUCAUCUGAGAUGUCACUUGCUCGAUCAUUUCUACACUUUGUCGAGUUGGAUUGGCAUAUAUCUCCGAUGGAUAGGAAUCUAUCUCCCUUUGUUAUCACAUCAAACUUGCUUAGGGUGUUGGAUUUAUUGGAAAUUUAUAUGAAUGUGUUUCCAAGAGAGAUAUUACAACUUGUGAACCUACGCUACUUAGCUGUCUAUUGUUAUUCAUUACCUAGAAGCGGAAUAUCAAGAUUGUGUAAUUUACAGACGUUGAUCGCUAUGCUACUCAACGAUUACGACCCACCUCAUGAGUUUUGGGAGAUGUCUGAGUUGAGACAUCUCAUCGUCUUGUGUGCAAAGCUCGGGAUUAAAGAUGAUUACACGAAAAGAAUCGUUCUGCAGAAGAUGCAGACGAUAAGGUGUGUGAACCUAAGUGACCUAAGUCCUUCAGCUAUUAGAGGUUUCUUGGAAAGCAUUCCAAAUAUAAAAAGCUUGGGAAUCAUUUAUGAGCAAGAAGAGUCAUGGUUGAGUGAAGUAGCUAAUCUCACCCAUCUCCGGAAACUCGAAACGUUUAGAUGGUGGUCAGAUGAUGCUGCACUGCCAGCAUUCAAAUUUCCAUCUACUCUUAGAAAAUUAAGUCUGGUAGACUGUCUUAUAAAUCCGGCAGUCUUGAGGACUCUAUGUGCAGCACCGAAUCUGGAAGUGCUCAAGAUACGCAGAUGUACCUUCGAAAGCAAAGAGACAAAUGAAGAGUGGGAAAAAGCAGCAAAUGAAGAGUGGGAAAUAGCAGAAGGAUAUGAAUUCAGGUCAUUGCAGUUUCUACAACUCAAAUAUUUAGAACUGGUGCGUUGGAGAGCUGAUGAAACCAACUUCCCUCAACUCCGCCAUCUCUUUAUACGACGUUGUUAUGAUCUAGAGGAAAUCCCUGCCGCCAUUGGAGAAAUCCCAACCCUCCAAUUAAUCGAGUUACAAUGGUGCAGUGAUUCCGUUGUGGCCUCAGCAAAACAGAUUCUGGAGCAGCAACAAUCUGAAUAUGAAAACUACGACCUCCAACUUCGUAUCGUCUCAUAAUAGGAAAUAGAAAGUGGAAUAGGAAGAGGAGGAAGAGGACUAAAGUGGCGGACUCCCUCUACUCAAAGUGGCCGGCCGGCCGGUGGGAGUAUGGCCAUCCUUCUCUAUGCUGUUCAAAGUUGUAAUCUUUCUUGGACCACAAUUUCACAAGAUUACAAUAUGCGGGCAAUUCUAUUAAGCCUUCUUCGCUGCAUAAGAAUCUGAGGAUAUAUUGAAAAGGGAAAUGGUGAGUUAAAAGAUGGAGUAUCUUGUAUAGGAGCUUCUAGUGUAGAAAAUACAUGAUUGUAUUAGAUGAUAUUUGGAGCACCACAUUCUCGGACGAGAUAAGGAUGUACUUCUCAGACAAUAACAAAUAGGAGUCGGAUUGUGAUCA